UGAAGGUUCCAUAUCCAUUUGAAGAUGAGCAGGAAUCACCGAUGAUGAUGGGCAUGAAAACUGUGUUCUUCCUUGAAGAGAGUUUCAUUCUCACAGCUGAACUAAGAAGAUCCUGUGAUGGCCAGAAGGAGUUGAUUCUCGUCAAGCUCCUCCUUUCAAGAUCACCUUUUCAAGCACGUACCAGGGGCCUAUGAAUUGCCCGAUGAUCCGUGGGAAAGAUUGACGAAGGCGGCCACAAAAGCUCAAUGCAGGCGCCAAAGCAAGAUCCUCUUUACAUGUUUGUUGGAAUUUUUGGAAGGAGCACAACAGACACAUUUUCAUCAAAUAAUACUUACAUGAGUAGGUGUAUUUUAUUGCCUAUGAAAACAUAGUUGUAGACCACAGUUUGGCGGCCACUUCUUUUCACUAGCUGCGUCUAGCGAUUGAACUGGCGAGUAGUUUGGCUUCCUUAUGGGAGGACUGAGCCUCCCCUCCUCUUUACUAGGAGGCUCAGCAAUAUCAAAGACGGCACCAAACCAAUCUACACCUGCCUGAUUUUGUACUGUUGUUCGUAUUUUUCCUGAUUGGUAUAGCAGAAGUUACAAUGGAUCUAUGGGCUGGUAUGGUGGCUAGAGAAAUACUAGAGAAUAAUAAAGGUUAUGACAUGUACUGUCAACUUGCGUCUAUGUUCCAUGUUAAGCAAGUAACCAAACCUGUGAAAGUUCAGUAAUACAGAUAGAGAAGAAAACAAUGGUCAUGAGAGUAAUCUGGAUGUAAUCUAGUUGCUUUAAUUUUUUUCAUUCCAUUAGGAGAUAAAAAUUGAUAGUCUGGUAGUGAGGUUUGGUUACAUAUCGUUUCUCAAUCAUGACUCGUCAUGAUCCAUGAACCGGUGAAUAAGGAGAAUGCAUGUUUGGGCCUUAAUCCAGUUUCUUUAUUUUUUGUCUGGCACCAACCCCACUUCGAAUUUUUUAUUUUCCUUCUUUUAAGCAGGCAUAUAUUUCUCCGUUGAAAAGUUCAAUUGACGUUUUGGCACAUACUCUUUUCUGCAUCAAAUACAAAUUAUACAAUAAGGAAAAAAAACUGCCUAUCUUAGGAAGCCCUUUAGAAAAAGCUGCGGGUAAAAUAACAAGGAAAUGCAACAACCAUAUGUUCUUUCCAUACUUAGUCAAUGCUACGUACCAAUUGAUGAAACGUGCCUCACAAAGUACAAGUUUAUUUUUGAAGAAACUCACGUGGAUGUAUGUUCAUCUCUGGAGUGAUAUAUAGUGUUCUGUAUAGCAUAGCUCGCAUAAGUCAGAUACUGCAUCUCGUGAUCGGUCCCAUGGGCCAGGCCAUGGACGCCACAUCUGAAACCUUGAUACCUAUCCAAGAGUUGGUGAGGAAGACAACUGAGAAACUCGAGGCCAAUUUCUCUAAGAUAGGAACCAAGAUCCAUAGGUUCCCACGAGGUCUGCGAUUUGUCAGCAAACAUGACCGCUACAUCGCCCCGAGCUUUGUGGCCCUCGGACCGUACCACCAUGGCUUACCGCAGCUGCAAGAAGUAGAGGAGGUCAAGCAUGCAGCAGCACACUACUUCUGCAUGCAGUCGGGCAACUCGAUUGAGGAAGUCCACGGUAAGAUCCUCUCUGUAGUAGGUGAAGCCCGUGGAUGCUACUCUGAAGAUGCGGUCUCGGGUUUCAGCCACUCCGAAUUUGCAGCUAUGAUGUUCCUGGAUGGUUGCUUCCUGCUCCGGUAUAUACAUGACUUUAUGUAUGCAGAAUCUGCAUUGUUCUCAAAUCGGGCAGUCCUAUCCACAGGGCCUUGCAUGUUGAGGGACAUCUUUAUGCUGGAGAAUCAGCUUCCUUGGUUGGUGCUCGAGGUUCUCAUGACCUUCACCGAUAUUCCUAUGUGCCAGUUUAUAGUUAGCACAGCGUCUACCUUUGACACCGGUUGGAUUCAAAUAACAAGGCUUCCUGAGAAUGAACUCAAGAGGUACAGGCCACCACAUCUCCUUGGGUUCCUCCGAUACUAUCUGAUAGGCAACAUGCCUCCGACUCCGAGGGUUCCGAGUUCGUUUAUCAGAAAGUUUGCACUAGCAAGUGGUGCAAUUGAACUCGCGGAAAUUGGAGUCAAGCUAACGGCCAGUAAUAAGAGAUGGUUCGCGGACAUGAGCGUCCAGAAAGGAUACCUCGCCGGUGAGCUCUCCCUGACACCAUUAUUCCUGAACGACUACACUGCUAGCUGGCUCGUCAACAUGGCGGGACUUGAAGCAUGCACGUCCACCGGCUGGCCUUCUGAUGGCUACAACAUCAGCUCGUACCUCUCCCUGAUCGCCAUGUUGAUGGACAAGGAGGAGGAUGUGCACGAGCUGCGAGCUAAGCACCUCGUGCGUAGCUUCUUCAGCAACCAGGAGAUGCUAGACUUGUUCAAGGGCCUCGCCUGUCACUUGCGCCUCGGCUGCGGCUACAUCGUUAUCUUGGAGAAGAUUGAUGAGUACAAGUGUGAGAGGCAUGUGCGAAUCGUCCUGCAUAAGUUCUUCUACCACAACUUCAAGAUCAUUGUCGCCUUGCUCUCUGUUGCUAGCGUGCUCGUCGGCAUCUUCAAAACCCUCCUAAGCCUCAACCAAAAUUAAUUAGCACUAGAAUAUUACAAGUGCAUGUGUGCAAGUUGGGGGACUAGCUUUUGGGAUGGUUGAUUUUUGUAUCCUGCCGCUUUCUUAUGAUGUGACGCUGUAUUGUUGUAGUGGUUCUAUCUGUGCACCACAGGAUGCAAAUGCUUGGUGAGAUUCGUGCUCUCAUCUGUCAUGAAAAAAUCUGGUGUGAUGCUAAUAAUAAAAUAUGCCAGUUAUACGUUCCCAAUGGUGUACUUUUUAGAAUACAUAACUCAUAUAUUAUUGGUCUAAUUGAUGGUCAAAACAGAUAGUAAAAAUAUGUGCAGCCUUAGAAACCGAGAAAGAGGGUGUACUUAGGAUGGGGUUACCCUAAAAGUCUCAGGGGGUAUCCUACAGAUUUGCCAUUAUCUUGGACAAAAUUUGUCUCUUAUUUUGUAAUUGUUUUGCAGUUAUAUUGGUUAUCUUGACUAGAGUUAUCUACUUCGAUCUUGAUAUAUCGGUUACAACAGGUGUGCUGCGCAUAAGAAUGACCGUCCAAUUGUAACAGAAACAAUA